AGUUUUGAGGCUAACAAACUGGCGAUGAGUGGUGAAAGAAUUCACGUAACUCUGCUCAAUGAAUAACUAACUAAUCUUUCCGUUUUGUUUGGAAAAUAAAAUAAAAAAAUAAUGGCUGAGCCAUCAUUUCCCGCCAAAAGAAACUAUAUAAGAGGCCAAAAAUAGAAGAAAGCAGAGAAAGUGAGAAGAAGAGUAGAAAUUAUGGCGAAAGGGGGGUGCUGCAAGCCGAGGUGCAGAGCCAAAAUGUCUCUUGAAGAGUAUAUCCAAUUCUUCCAUUCCCGCAAUACCUUCAACAUCCCUGUCAAUCAUCUCAAUCAGAUCAUUAGCAUGCAUGGUUACAAGAAAUUGCACAAGAUUCCCAAGACGGUCGUAGAAGAUGCAGUGAGCACGCUCCUUUUGAUUAGUCCACAUCGUUCUGCUCUCAACGACAUCAGUUUCUCGCCGAUGGCAUCCAUCACGCUCGACGACGUUAUCUCCGACCUCAACGAUCUCAACUGGCAAGAGUGCUCCACCGCCUCCGUUCAGACCUUGAGCACGGCCGGUCACGGCCUCGUGACCUCCUCUCCCGUUGCUCCUCCUCCUCCUACCGAUUCCAAUCAACAUCACGCGAAUUGCUCCAACGGAAAAAAGCGGCAGAAAGCUACGGGCGGCAAUCCCAAAGGCGCUCGCCAGAGAGGGAGACGACCGAAAAGGAAGAGAGGAACCGCAACCGUAAACGGUAGUGCUCCUGAAUGUGGAGGAUGUCUGGCUUUGGAUUUAUUCUCAAUCGGAUCGCGUUGCUGAGAUCACUCCAUAUUAUGGUAAUGUUCAGACCUUGCUUCUCAGCUUAAGCAAUGCUCAUUGCUACAGUAGUAGUAAUAAUCAUCAAGUGUCAAGGACUUUUCUGUCAUAUGAAAUCUGUGAUCCAUCGCUUAGAAUUCGAUUUUGAAUUUGAAUUUGUGAUAUAUUUGUUUUAGUUUUUCGGACAAUUAAAGUUUUGAAAUGUAAUUUUGUUGGAUGGAUUGACUAUGGAUAAUGGAAGCAAGUUACACAAAUAAUGGAUACAAUAUGAUUUUUUUGAGA